CGACAUACGAAAUGUGGUGACGUAGAACACAGCGGAAGUUGGAAUUAGUGAGAUACUGCUGAAAUUUAAUAUCACAUUGUCAGCUUGUGGUAAAAACGACCAGAUCCUUUGCCAAAUAGUGUUGCAGUUCAGUUGUCCAAUUACAACUUUCAUUCAUUAUUUCUUUACUGGUAGGUUUAAGAGAGACGUGAAUAAUAAACAAUGGGAAAGAAAAGUAAAAAGAAUAAAGAAAAGCCAGCUGCAGUUUCUCCUGAACAUAAGGAAUUAUCUAAAGGUGAAAAGAAAGAAGUCUUGGAUACAGUUAAUCAGCUGUUAGAAGUUUGUUCUAAUCCUGUGAAUGCAGCUGGUCCAAAAGAGUUGGAGGAGUAUAUGAAGAUCAAGGCUCUAGUUGAAAAAGUUAUAGAUUUACAAUCAGGUCUAUGUACUCCUGCAGUAGACAGAGAGAAGAACUUCCCAGGAUUUACAGAAUGGUUACAUAGUUAUGGUGUAGAAACAAGUGUGGUUGAUAUAAAUAACUUUCCUGGUUGUGGGUAUGGCUUACAAGCCACCAAAGAUCUCAAAGAAGCUGAUCCAUUUUUAACCAUACCUAGAAAAGUCAUGAUGACAACACAAACAGCCAGAGAUUCAGUAUUGGGACCAUUAAUUGGGCAAGAUAAAAUGUUACAAGCCAUGCCAAGUAUACUACUAGCCCUCCACCUGCUCUGUGAGAAGAAGAUGCUUGAAUCAUUCUGGAAACCUUACAUUGAUGUAUUACCAGAUUCAUAUUGCACACCACUCUACUUUACAGAGGAUGAAAUUAAACUUCUAAAAGGCUCUCCUGUACAAAGUGAUUGUUAUAAUCAGUUGAAAAACAUAGCCAGACAGUAUGCCUACUUUUACAGAUUAUUUCAGAAUUUGCCAGCAACAUCAAAACUGCCAAUUAAAGAUUGUUUUACCUUUGAAGAUUACAGAUGGGCAGUUUCUACAGUGAUGACUAGACAAAAUCAGAUUCCAACACCAGAUGGCAGUAAGAUCACUUUUGGUCUGAUACCAAUGUGGGAUAUGUGUAAUCAUUGUAACGGAACAAUAACAACAGAUUAUAACAUGGAAUCAGACUGCAGUGACUGUUUUGCCUUGAAGGAAUUUAAACAAGGUGAACAGAUCAGUAUAUUUUACGGGGCCAGAUCUAAUGCAGAGUUACUAGUACAUAAUGGAUUUGUUUACCCUGAGAAUGAUAUGGAUAGAACAGCUAUUAAAUUAGGAAUUAGUAAAAGUGAUAGCCUCAUUGACAAAAAGACCAAAUUAUUAACAGCUCUUGGUUUAGCUCCGUCCAGAAUGUUCUUUAUUUACUCAGGGGAGAUCCCUGUAGAUCCACACCUUGUAUCUUUUCUUAGAGUAUUUAAUAUGACAGAAGAUGAAAUCUCGUGUUAUGACUGUGAGAACAUGUCAGAAGAGGAUCUAGAAAAGAUGGGGGAUGUCAACACACCAAUAAAUGGAGAGAAUGAGGAAAAAUUGUGGAAAUUCUUAGAAACUAGACUGGCAUUGCUACUAAGAGCAUAUGAUACCACAGCUGAGGAGGAUGAAAAUGUGUUAAAGGAAGCUGGUAUAACAGACAAUAAACUAUUUAUAAUACAGUUAAGGAGAUGUGAGAAACUUAUUCUGCAACAUGCUGUCCAAUUUGCUACAGAGAAAAAAGGUGACAUUGUUCAAAGUUCAAAGGACAACAAACAGACUGAAUAUAAAGAAAAAGAUGUGGAAUCUUAAGAUUUUCUUUUUUAAAAAUGUACUGCAUUUUAAAACAUAUCUAAUAUGGAAAGAUUGGAAGAUACAAAUACUUUUAAAGUGCUUUAAUUUAUUGAUUCGAAUUUCUCAAUGAUAGUGGAAAAUAACUUUCCAGAAUUUAGAAAAUUCAUUUUUUCAUAUUUUGCAAAUGCAAAAAAAUAAAAUGAAAGGAUAAUAUGCAUUUUGUUGGGAAACAAAAUCUCUAAUAAGAUUUGUAUCCCAAAAAUUAAACCACUUACAGUGAAACCGUAUACAUGUAUUAAUUACUUAGAAGAACAAAAUUACUAGAACAAAACAAAUUAAUUCAAAACAGGUUUCUCUGUGUUUUUGUUCUUUUUAUGUUUUUUGUUUUUUUUAUUAUUUUGCAUCUGGAGAUGAUGAUUGUGUAUAUCUCGCUAAAAAUGCUCUUUUUUAGUUGGCAUUGUAAUCAUGAUAAAAAAAAAUAUAUACAAAUAGUGGGUUCAUUAGAAUAAGAAAUGUAGUAUGCCAGAAUGUGAAUGAAAAAGUAUGUACUAGAAUGUUGUACUAGAAUAUAUGUUAAACAAUAUUUCCUCUCAAAUAUCUCAUCCAAUAUCUUUGUUUAAUUAUUUUUUAUUUAGGUUUGACAUUUUUGUCUGUUUAUUCAAAAUAUUUCAAUUAAACUUAUUUUUUUCCAAUGUAAGAUUAAGCUUAACUUCAGUUAAUUUUAUACAUGAACAAAUGUGACUUUAUAUGCAUUUAAUAAAACAAUACUGUAUUUGAAGUUUGGAGAGGACUUCGAAUAAGGCAUCUUUUGAUCACACAAAUUCUCUUGCAUUCA